AUGGCUGGCGCUUAUGAUACCGAACAACAAAGAAUGAUUGAUAGAAUUAAAUGCAUUACUUUCCGAGAAGCUCGUGAUGCUGGUGCAACAUUUAUAAAUAGACAAUGGAUUGCCGACAAAAUUCACCGUACGACUCGAUUUGUUACAGAAUGGUGGGAAAAAUCGUGUGACCAAUGUUUUGCUGAUUAUUCGAAUGCUGGUCCUAAACUCAAGUUAUCGAGAGCUGCUCAGGACAUUAUUCGUGAAGCAAGUGGUCACCAACGGAAAAGCGGUUCUGUCGUGGCGAAAGAGAUUGCAAAGAAACAAAAAGAAUAUGUUACUCGACAAACAGUUAAUAACUACCGUCGUAGGGAAGGAUUAAAGCCUUUUCAUGUUAUUUCAAGACCGUUAAAAUCUGAAACUCAUAUAUCAGAUCGAUUAUGGCUCUGUGAUUGGUUGAAAGAUUGGACUGAAGAAGAUUUUCUUCAUCUGGCACCAUCAGAUGAAUUUUAUGUUUGGACAGUUCGCAAACCAAAUUAUCAAAAUGAUAGGAUUUGGGCAAAAAGUGUUGAAGAUAUUGAAGACGAUGAAAGGUAUCGCGAAAUGGUUAAAAACCAAGCGUGUAUCGGUAUUUUUAUCAUUUUCACCGCGAAAAAAAUGCAUUGGGUGAUUAAAGACAAAGGUGAAUCUUGGACCGGUCAAUAUUUUCGUGACAUUAUUUUAAUGCAACACGUAUUUCCAUUCCUCACCGACGAGGAAAACGUAAUUGAUCUGGAUAAUGUGAUAUUUGUUCACGAUAAAGCACCGUGUAUGCGAGCAAACAUGACUCAACAUCUGAUUAGAGAUAACAAAAUCGAGUUUUGGGGCAAUGAUAUUUGGCCUGGUAAUUCGCCCGAUCUCAAUGCGGCGGAACAUAUUGGAUCAAUAAUGAAAGAUGAAGUUGAACAAAAAAUGUUAUCGGAAACUGGACAUAAUCGAUAUAGUGAAGACACACUUAAAAAGCACAUUGCGGAUGUUUUGACGGACAUGGAAGAAAAUACCGAAUUGUUUGAAGCUCUUUUAUGUUCGUAUCCAUCUCGACUUCGUGCAGUAAAGAGUGCUAAUGGUCGUCAUACUGAUUAUUGA